UACAGCAGCAGCUGAUGCUACAAGUACAGUGGCUGACACAACUACAACUGAUGCUACAACAACAGUUGCUGAUGCAACAACGGCUGAUGUUACAACAACAGUAGCUGACACAACUACAGCAGAUACUACAGCAGCUGAUGCUACAACAACAGUUGCUGAUGCAACAACGGCUGAUGUUACAACAGCAGUUGUUGACACAACUACAGUGGCUGACGCAACUACGGCAGAUACUACAGCAGCUGAUGCUAGAACUACAGUGGCUGACACAACUACAGCUGAUGCUACAACAACAGUUGCUGAUGCAACAACGGCUGAUGUUACAACAACAGUAGCUGACACAACUACAGUGGCUGACGCAACUACGGCAGAUACUACAGCAGCUGAUGCUACAACUACAGUGGCUGACACAACUGCAGCUGAUGCUACAGCAACAGUUGCUGAUGCAACAACGGCUGAUGUUACAACAGCAGUUGCUGACACAACUACAGUGGCUGACGCAACUACGGCAGAUACUACAGCAGCUGAUGCUACAAGUACAGUGGCUGACACAACUACAGCUGAUGCUACAACAACAGUUGCUGAUGCAACAACGGCUGAUGUUACAACAACAGUAGCUGACACAACUACAGUGGCUGACGCAACUACGGCAGAUACUACAGCAGCUGAUGCUACAACUACAGUGGCUGACACAACUGCAGCUGAUGCUACAACUACAGUUGCUGAUGCAACAACGGCUGAUGUUACAACAGCAGUUGCUGACACAACUACAGUGGCUGACGCAACUACGGCAGAUACUACAGCAGCUGAUGCUACAAGUACAGUGGCUGACACAACUACAGCUGAUGCUACAACAACCGUUGCUGAUGCAACAACGGCUGAUGUUACAACAACAGUUGCUGACACAACUACAGUGGCUGACGCAACUACGGCAGAUAAUACAGCAGCUGAUGCUACAACUACAGAGGCUGACACAACUACAGCUGAUGCUACAACAACAGUUGCUGAUGCAACAAUGGCUGAUGUUACAACAACAGUAGCUGCCACAACUACAGUGGCUGAUGCAACUACGGCAGAUAAUACAGCAGCUGAUGCUACAACUACAGUGGCUGACACAACUACAGCUGAUGCUACAACAACCGUUGCUGAUGCAACAACGGCUGAUGUUACAACAACAGUAGCUGCCACAAUUACAGUGGCUGACGCAACUACGGCAGAUAAUACAGCAGCUGAUGCUACAAGUACAGUGGCUGACACAACUACAGCUGAUGCUACAACAACAGUUGCUGAUGCAACAACGGCUGAUGUUAAAACAACAGUAGCUGACACAACUUCAGUGGCUGACGCAACUACGGCAGAUACUACAGCAGCUGAUGCUACAAGUACAGUGGCUGACACCACUACAGCUGAUGUUACAACAACAGUUGUUGACACAACUACAAUGGCUGACGCAACUACGGCAGAUACUACUGCAGCUGAUGCUACAAGUACAGUGGCUGACACAACUACAGCUGAUGCUACAAAAACAGUUGCUGAUGCAACAACGGCUGAUGUUAAAACAACAGUAGCUGACACAACUUCAGUGGCUGACCCAACUACGGCAGAUACUACAGCAGCUGAUGCUACAACUACAGUGGCUGACACAACUGCAGCUGAUGCUACAACAACAGCUGCUGAUGCAACUACCGCUGAUACUAAAUCAACAGUUACUGACACUACUACAGUGGUAAAUACUACAACGGCCGACGCUUCAAAUACAGUUGAUAAUGGAAGUACAGUGAAUACGACAACAGUUCUUGAUAUAACUUCUAGUGUGCCGACAACAGCUGCUAAUACUACUACAGCAGUAGAGUUUCCUGAUUCACCUGAUGCUGGUAUAACGGAUGAAUUUGCUGGUGUCGUUAUAACAAGUACAGUUGCAGCCGGUGGUGGCAUUUUCAUAUUUGCAUCAUUAUGCUGUGGUGUAUGUAUAUUCUUUAUCAGAAAGAGACGAAAGCACGAAAAUGAAGAAGUUAUAAUAUACGAAAAUUUUUAUCACAGUUGGGAAGAAAGUGGUGGAUAUUCUGAAUACGAGAGUACCACAGAAUCAUCAGACUCAUCCAUUGAAUGGAAUCCAGAAUCAUAUCCUAUUCCAACUGGUCCAUUCGCUGUUCAGUUCCCAUCUUCGGUGGAUUUACCAUUCUCUCAGCCUUUACAAUCGGAUAAUACUGCUUCGCUUUGGGAAAGUGAAAACACUACGUUGGAUUAUAUAGUGGAAGAUUAUGCAAUAGUUGACCAUGAUGUGUAAAACAAUAACUGUUACUUGAUUAAAUGACAUUGUUUUGGCCGUAUUGUACUAUAUUCAGGCCUCUUCAUUCGGAUAAUACUGCUUUGCCCUUGGAAAGUGAAAACACUGCGUCGGAUUAAAUAGUGGAAGAUUAUGCAAUAGUUGACCAUGAUGUGUAAAACAAUAACUGUUACUUGAUUAAAUGACAUUGUUUUGGCCGUAUUGUACUAUAUUCAUGCUCUUCAUUCGGAUAAUACUGCUUUGCCCUUGGAAAGUGAAAACACUGCGUUGGAUUAUAUAGUGGAAGAUUAUAUGAUAGUUGAUCAUGAUGUAUGAAUCAAUUAUUGUUACUAAAUGGUACUGUUUUGGCCAUAUUUCAGCCUUUAUAAUUGGAUAAUACUGCGGAAAACACUACUUUGGAUUAUUAUACUAUUGAAGAU